AUGCAGAGAGACUACACUGCUACCGAAGUCUUCCAAGAAAGCGGGCCGGAUGCCAUCGUUUAUCUACAUGGCGGGGCAUGGAUUGACGUACGCAAUUCGCCUCGUGAUUUCGCCGAGCUCGCCGCAAGGGUUCGUGAGGAUGCUCCCCUAGCAUCACAAUACGCGGUUACCUAUCGUCUGUCUCCAGAAGUACAGCACCCAGUUCACGUUGCAGAUUGCGUCGAACAUAUUUCUCAGCUGAUUGUUGAGAAAGGCAUUAGGAAGCUGCAUCUGCUCGGGCAUUCUGUCGGAGCUACGCUUUGCUGGCAGAUCUUAACGGCCCUGCCUGGCGAUAGAAGAUACCCCGAGGGACCUGAUUUUGCGAUGAAGCUUGCAUUAGUACGCUCAUCGCUUGCGCAUGUGUUUCUGGUGGAUGGGAUUUAUUCGUUACGUGCCCUACUUGAAGAGUACCCAGAUUAUGACUACUUUGUUAACAAGGCCUUUAAAUCGUUAAAAGACUUCGAGGACCCAUCGGAGAGUGCCGAGCGGAUAUCUGCUGGGCCUAUUCUGCACGUGAUACACUCGUACAAGGAUGAACUGCUCACUUUGAAGCAAACACAGUACUUAACGGCGGUCCUCACAGCGCAUCAAAUACCUUACAAACUGUACGUGGAUGAUCUUGGACUCCACGAAGAUGUAUAUAGAAACGAAAAGGUUGCAGCGUAUAUUGUUGCGCAGCUUCCUUAA